CCGUACUCCGUGUCAUCGUGUUGUUGUUUUGCAUAACCUCGUCCUCGUAAUAAGACAUUCAGACUUAACCUAUAAAACGUGCGGUGUUGAGUCCUUCCUAUUAAUUUUGUUGUAAAUUUUAAUUUAUUCCUAUUAAAUGUGUUUUAAAGACAACUCUCAAGUUUCUACAGAUUGACAACAAGUGAAUAACUAGUGCCAUAAUGAAAGAUAAAAAGUUAAUUUUGAAGGAAGCCAGAGAGGCGAUAAAAAAUAAAGAAUAUGAAUUAUCUCUAAAAUUAUGCAAGCAAAUAUUGAAGGAAGAAAGUAAUAAUUAUAUGGCCCUGAUAUUUUUCGGGGUAUCCCUGCAAGAAACAGGCCAAUCCUCCAAAGCUUUAAGUGCUUUCCAAAAUGCAGUGGAAGCUAAUCCUUCCAAUUCGUUGGGUUGGAAUGGUCUAAUAAACUACUAUGAAAAAAACGACGACAAAGAAACGAAAACUGAGCUAAUUAAAGCGUACAUUUCGUUACUGAAUACAGACAUAACCGAAAAAAAAAUCAUCGAGUGCGUACAAAAACUGUGCAGAUUAUCUGAACAUGGAAAUUUAGAAGAAAUUUCACUAGCAAUUUAUUCUUUACUCAAAAGUAAGAAAUGUGACGAUGUCACCGAAAUAGCGACUUCUUUAGUCAAUAUUCUACUGAAAGAAAAAAAAUUACCGGAGACGCUAAUCCCAGUUUACGAAGAAGUCUUAAACAUCGUUUCAACUAAUCAAAAAUCGGUGUGCGUUAAAUAUUACGCCGAAUAUUUGAAUUUAUUGUACAGAUUAAACAAAAAUCAGGAACUUGUUCACUACGCAAAGAAAAUGCACAGCAUUUUUCAGUCGGACUGUAUAUCACUGAAGUGGAUUUGUAAAAUUUUUAACGAGUGUUACGUCGAAACAGACGGCGUCUCUGAAAAAGAAGAAGAUAUUAAUUUUUAUUGUGAAACAUUAGCUAAAUUGGAGUUUAAAUCGGCUACAGCGAUGUUCACAAAAAGCAUUUUAUUAAUUCAAAACAAAAAGUUUAUCGAAGCGAAAGAAUUUUUGGAUCAAGUUGUCAACGUAUUUCCAGGGUCGGUACAUGCGUGGGUUUUGUUACUAAAAUGUUGUUUUAAAUUAUAUUUGUUGAGUGAAGCGAUUCACGCGGCAAAUAAAAUCGACAAGUUGUUGCAGUCAAGUGACAACUCGAAACACAAGCUAAAAAAAAUUGUGGACGUUACUAUGAUCGAAGUUUUCUCUAGAUCAGAUGACGAAGAAGAUGUGAAGAGAGCGCUAGAGUUAUAUCAAACGGUAGAUGAUGAAUUAAAAUCGUCAUGUAUUUAUCACAUAAUACGUGCAAAUAUUAAUCUUAAAAAUUUUACACAGGCGAAUGUACUGUUGGCAGAUUUGCAAAACACUUGUGAUAAUAAACAGAUGGUCAAAUUAUUAAUUGCUCAGUUACUUCAUAAACAAGAAAAAUACGAAGAAGCGUUGGAAAUACUACAAGACGAAGAUGUGGAAUUGUCGGAAUGGUGGUUACAAGUGGGAAAAUUGCAUUGGGAUUUGGGACAGAAAAACAAAAGUUUAAUGCCAUUUUUAAAGGCUACUAAACUGGACGCCACUAACUAUAAGUGCUUUCUGUUUUUAGGACACUAUUAUAAAAAUAUGAAUGAUUUAGAUAAGGCUCGAAGGUGCUAUGAAAAGUCAUUUAAAUUGAAUACAAAGUCGUCUGAAGCGGGUAUUGAAUUGAGCAAAAUUUACAGAAAAAUAAAAAAUUGGGACGCCAAUCUGACCCUUCUGGAAGCAUUAACUGCUGGAGUUAUAAAUAAAAAAAACUCCUGGGCUUGGAUGCAGUUAGGCCUACAUCACUUAGAGCAACAGGACUAUGAUAAAGCAAUUACAAAUUUGAGGAUUACAAUUCGAAUUGAAGAAAACAAUAUGAAUUGUUGGGAGUCCUUAGCUGACGCAUAUUUGGCCAAAGGUGCCUACACUUCAGCUUUAAAAUGUUACGAUAAAGUAUCGUCAGUUUCUGAAAAUCCCUUAUAUUCACUUUUACAGAUGGCAACGAUCAAGCAGAUUCUUGGUGAAUUUGCUGAAGCAAAGUGCGAUUUUGAACACAUUUUAAAAACUGACCCUCUCUACGUUCCAGCACUGAAAGGAAUGGUUGAAACUUGUUUACUAAAAGCUAGGGAAUUCUUCAAAAAUCAGCGUCUAGGGUCGUGUAGAGAUUACGUCCAGUGUACAGUAACUCACCUGGUUGUUGCUUUUCAACAACGUAACGAUUUAGGAUGUCUGUGGAAGUUAUUAGGAGACGGUUGUUUUUUAGUAACAAAAUUACCCCCAAAGUACUGCUUUCUGACGUCUUUUAACAUUGAAGGGGACAAAGUGGUUGAAGCCAACGCAACUUUGAAUAAGGAUGAGUUAUUUAAUUUAGCCGCGACCUGCUAUUGUAAGAGCCUCGGAUUUCUGGAAGAUAAUUGUUUGUUGUGGCAUGACUUGGCCGUCUGUUAUUUAUCGCAUUCUUCCAGUACCAAAGAUCGGGCAGUUUAUGAACAAUUGAUUAAUAAGUCGCAAAUCAUUACCCAGUACUGUACAUCCAAAAAUCCUACAAAUUGGCAGCAUUGGAAUUUAUUGGGAAAUAUUGCCAUGUCGCUGGAUCCACCUAAUUAUAGCCUGGCUCAGCAUUCCUUCAUUAAAGCAGUUCUCGUCGAUAAUAACAGCGCUGUCGCGUGGUGUAAUCUAGGUACUUUGUAUUUCCUAUUAGAGGACUAUAAACUUGCCAAUGAAGCAUAUUCACAAGCUCAGAGGGCUGAUCCAAAUUACGUCAGCAGUUGGAUUGGUCAAGCUCUCCUUGCUGAAAAUUUAUUACACGAAGAUUCUAUGGAUUUGUUUAGACAUAGCACCCAACUGGGAUUUCAUAUGCAGGGUGCUUUAGGCUAUGCACACUGGGUUUGUAAAACGUUGAAAGAGUCACCACUGGAUGCCGUAAUUUAUUCUAUACAUAAUAUGCACGCCGUGCCUGUUGCUUGCGACGUCAUCACGUGGUACACAGAACAUAAUCCCUUGGACGCUGCCGCCUGGAACAUGCUCGGUAUGCUCAAAGAACGCAUGGGACUGAAAUUAGGAGCCCUGGAAGCGUUUAAAACUUCCUUAAAUUUAUCCAACCAAAGUUGUAGAGAUUUGGUUCAAGUAAACUAUGGUCGUUUGCUUGCCACAAUGGGUAAAUAUUCACAAGCGAUUGAUACAUUCACGAAAAUAGAAGCGGCAACAUUUAACAGCGGCAGUGGACUAGCUCUUGCUCUUUUUAAAGAUAAACGUUACAAAGAAUCUUACGAAACUUACGAGUCGACUCUACAUUGGUUAUCCGACGAACCCCACUAUCAGUCGGAUUUAUUAGUCGCCUUAGCCUCAAUGGCGUACAUGUUUGAGGGUCCAGAAGCCGCUAAAACUUUAUUGUUUCAGAGCAUACAACUGGAAAAGCCUUCGCCUUGGGGCUUCUACGCCACCCUCUCUCUAGGUUUACUCCAAGACGACUUCAACCUAUCCGAACUUGUUUUAAGCGAACUGAACGUUUUAAAGGAUAGAAAAGAGUGCAUAGAACAUUUUGCAAUUUUGAAAAGUUAUUUCUAUUUACUGAAAAAAAAUAGUAAAACCGCUAUUAGAGAACUAAGCAAAAUAAUCCAUCGCCAUCCAGAUCAAGCGUCAGCGUGGCUAACAUUAUCGUCCUUGUUAAUUCGGUUAAACAAGGAAAAACGGUUCUCUAAAGCUGCCGCCAAAUGUGCUCAUAUUGCCAUGGAAUUAGGACAAAGUAGUAUGAAUGUCACAAAGGUUUUGAGCUUGGUCGCUCUAUCAUUUUUCGUUGGUGGCGAUAAAAAAAGUGCACUUUCAAUGGCUCAGAAAGCGAUACACUGUUAUCCCAAUAUGGCCGAAAACUGGGCAGUUUUUAUUGUUAUUCUAUUACGGACAGCCAAACUGCCAGAAAAUCGCGUCAAGGAUGUUUUAAACUUCGCUCGAACUUUAGAUACUGGUGAAAAUUUAACCCAGUGGAUGCAAAAAACAAUGUUUGAAUAACGUACUUAAUAAAAUGUGUUGCACUUUU